UCUUGAAGAAAGUUCACAACUUUGCUCAUCAUCUAACACUAUAACUGAUCAUCAUCUGAACCCAUUCCUACAUACUCUUCCCUUUUGAAACAAAAUGGGUCCAAAAAGAACCCCGAUUAUACUUCUUUUGUUCAUGUUUCUUACGGUUUCUUCAUCCCACAAAUAUAAAAACAAGAAAAAUUACAAACCAUGCAAGAACCUAGUCUUGUUCUUCCAUGAUGUUGUGUACAAUGGGCAAAAUGCAGCCAAUGCAACAUCAGCUAUUGUGGGUGCACCUGAAUGGGCCAACCGGACAAUCUUGGCUAGUGAUUUUCAUUUUGGAAAUAUCGUGGUUUUUGAUGACCCCAUUACUUUAGACAACAACUUUCAUUCCCCUUCUAUUGGUCGAGCUCAAGGUCAAUACAUUUAUGACACCAAGAACACCUUCACUGCAUGGCUAGCAUUUUCGUUUGUGCUUAAUACUACGGAUUAUCAGGGAAGCAUUCAGUUUAUUGGGGCUGAUCCGAUUAUGAUUAAGACUAGGGAUAUAUCAGUGGUUGGUGGGACUGGUGACUUCUUUAUGCAUAGGGGGGUAGCGACUAUUAUGACCGAUGCUUUUGAAGGUGAAGUUUAUUUUAGGCUUCGUGUUGAUAUAAAGUUCUACGAAUGUUGGUAAGCAUAGUAUCAUAUAAUUGCAAAUCUCUUCUCACAUCGUGUGCAUCUGAUUUGGAUUUAAAGUCAUUUCCUUUUGUAUUUUGGUUGACAUAAGUGUGUCCUUUUAUUGUGAAUGUGAGAGUUUUCUUGAA